CCCUUUGCGCGGGCCCGGCUUCUUCCCGCCUCCCUGCGAGUCACGUCUGGAUCAGCCGGGGCUCCUCCGCCCGCCCGCCCUUCUUUCCUUCCUGGCGGGAAGGUUUCACCUUGCGAGUAUUCCUAGAAAUGCUUUUCUUUCACGCCCAGGAUCUCGGGUUUAGGGGGCGGACCCGAGGGCGAAGCCUAGAAACGAGGAACCCAGACCUUUAUAGGCGAAAAGGGAGAUUUGAACGUCGGGAAAGGAAAUCAGCCGGUCAUGGCACUUGUUGUUACCAUGAUCGCCUCAUUUUUCCCCCCUCCAACUCCAGUUUAAAGAAAUCGACGUUUUUGUGGCUUUGGAAUGUUUUAAGUUUGCCGAAUGUGAAUGGAGAGCCAGGUGAGGGAUAAAGAAUGAGUUAUGCGGAAAAACCCGAUGAAAUCACGAAAGACGAGUGGAUGGAAAAGCUCAAUAAUUUGCACAUCCAGAGAGCCGACAUGAAUCGCCUGAUCAUGAACUAUCUUGUUACAGAAGGUUUUAAAGAGGCAGCAGAGAAAUUUCGGAUGGAAUCUGGAAUCGAGCCCAGUGUUGAUUUAGAGACCCUGGAUGAAAGAAUAAAAAUUCGAGAGAUGAUCCUCAAAGGCCAGAUUCAGGAAGCCAUCGCACUCAUCAAUAGCCUCCACCCAGAACUGUUAGAUACAAACAGAUACCUUUACUUCCACUUGCAGCAACAACAUUUAAUUGAGUUGAUUCGACAGCGUGAGACAGAGGCUGCCCUGGAAUUUGCCCAGACGCAGCUAGCAGAACAAGGAGAAGAGAGUCGGGAAUGCCUGACAGAAAUGGAGCGCACUCUUGCACUCCUUGCUUUUGAUAACCCAGAGGAAUCACCUUUUGGCGACUUACUCAACAUGAUGCAAAGACAGAAGGUGUGGAGUGAAGUUAAUCAAGCUGUUCUGGACUAUGAAAAUCGGGAAUCAACUCCGAAGCUGGCUAAGUUACUGAAAUUACUACUGUGGGCUCAGAAUGAGCUGGACCAGAAGAAAGUAAAAUAUCCCAAAAUGACAGACCUCAGCAAGGGGACAAUUGAGGAACCCAAGUAGAAUGUGCAGAUGGACACUAAACCUCAAAACUGCACAGAUAUAUACAUUUUUAAUCAGUCUGUGACUGAAAUAUUUUUACUACAGUUCAGGACUUUGCUAUUUAGUUGUGUUUUUUUUCCUUGACAAAUAUACUGAAAGGGAGAUUGUCCCUUUUUAAAUGCAGCAAACUGGCAUUAUAUCACAUUGACCAUCUGACCUAGGCUAUGCACUGUCAAUACAUUUUAGCAAAAAAUACAAACAUUUUUUUUAAAUACUGUGCUGAAGGUUUGUAAUGGUCUGGCUACUGAAACCCAUUUUGGUGGUCAGUGAAUUAAUGUUUUGAAGCUCUUGGCAACUCUCCAGUUAAACUUAACUUGUCUGUCACUUGAAGAUUGACAAUUUUUCUGUGUUAAUUUAUAGCCAAACAUGCAUUCCCUAUUUAUAAACUAGCAAUGGGUUGGAGUGAUCUUUUUGUAAAUCUCAUGGCAAUGUUGUUUUUCUGCAUAGAAUAUAGCAUAGAAGGCUUGUACGCUGUAACUGAAGGUAAUUCCCCUUGCUUUUCACACCUUGGUGACUUAUUUAUAUAUAGCUGAAUGUUAUAUUCAUGAUGGGCCUAGUUCUCUGAGAAAUCCUGCUGAAAAUAAAGGCAUUUUCUUUUGUAAUUAUCAAGAAUGACCAAAAUAGUCUCUGAAGCAAGACUUUGAAUAACUUUGUAGUUAGAUUUCCUUUCAUCAGAUUUUUUCCCUUUUCCUUCUUUUGUUUUGUUUUGUUUACAUUUUUGAACACCAGCUGCAGUAAUGGUACUAGGUGAAGUGACAGCUAGAGCCUUAAAGCCAACAGUUUGUGUGUGGGUGGUAUAAAAGAAAUGAGCAGUGCUGUUGUAUGGCGGAACCCAGAAAGUACGUACCUGUUUUUGUGCAAAUCAAUGGAAUAGCAUGAAUAUUUGGGGGCUAUAAUUUUUGAUGGAGUCACUUGGACAGGUUUUUUUGCCUUGGAUAAACAGAACUCUGAUUUUAUAAAUCUCCUCCUCUCCUGAAUUCCUAUACUUAUCAUUGAAGUGUUGUAAUUACCACAAGAUGUUGGGGUUUGUUUCUAUACCAGUUAAAGGCCUUGUAAUUGCAUGAGGCCCUUUGUGUUCAGUUGCCACAUUGUAAUUCCCUUUUGAAAAUGUGUGUCACUGCAUAGCACGUAUAACUCUCUCAAAAGCAAUGUUCACAUGUUCUGUUGAUAGUAUUAAACACUACCCUAUGCCCACUCCAAGACUGAUUCUAAGCACCCAUUUGGGUAAGAUGCCUCCAAAUCUGCAGAAGCCCCCAAUGACUGCAGCAGUUUAUGAUGCUAUAAGCAUUAUAAUGUUGUAAAUGGCAACUAUGGAUGCAAAUCCACCUAUCCCUUGCAAAUUUGAUGUGGGAUCAUCUUUCUGCUGGUUGGCUCUGUCUAUACCUUCGCCAUUUGGAUGCUUUGUUCAGAACUUAAGGCUGGUGAGCAGAUGGCAAAGGUAUAAAAUAAAAUUAUUAUGCUUUUGACAAGGGUAGCCCUUGUCGAUGUGACUAACUGUUGACAUAAUUAACUUGGGCAUGGUCCACCAGGAAUAUUUUCAUGCCAGGCUUUUAGAAAUAGAUGGGGAAUUACAUGGGGGGAUGAUGAGGUCCCUAGUUAUCAGUGACUACUGUGAAUACCUGUUGUGCAUCUGUGUAGUUUGGUUUUGAAUGAGGCAGUUGUAUAAACCAUUUCAAAUACACUAGUUCAAAGGCUGGUUGAAUUGCUGGAUACACACGCCUCUACAGUCUGUCUUCAGAUGAAGCUCUAACAAUUUAAGUUGCUACAAAAGCAAUAACAUGGGGUUGAUUACCACUAUUUUGGUGUUAUGGUCCUUACAGAUAUCGCUGAACAACUUAGCUGACUGUUGUAGCUGCAUUUAACUUACUGAAAACAUUUGUGCCCUUGUCUCUCAGUAUGACACUUGCAAUUUGUGUGAUGUAUUUUUUUUGUUCUAAGGACAAAGUGAAGCUGUGAAGCUGAAAUGGGUCAAAGCCCUCCUUCAAAUAUGACCAGCUUUUCUUCCCGUUCUUGACCAUUGAAUGCAAUCUGAACGUCUUGGGAAAGCUGGAAGCUUCAGCUUUCAUUGUGAAGUUGGUCACUUGUGUAACAAAUGGGAUUUUUCUGCACCAGAAAUACUGCACUGCGGCCCUGUUUAAGACGUUUCCUAUGUAUUUGAAGUAAUGUGCUUAUUCCAUGAGUGCAUAGAUGACUGGAACGUUCUUUAGCUUGCUUAGUUCAUUUAUUUAAGAGCCAAAUAUGUGAUUUAAAUAUAACCUUUUAGAUUUGCUCCAUUUAGGUUUUGUUAAAACUUUACACACUGAAGCAGCUUUAAUCUGUAAAGAUUUUGGGGGGGUAUAACUUGAAAGAAAAUAUUUAAAAUGGUAUGAAAGAAAGCUAUGCAUUUUACAGAAAGCUCUAGGGUGUAGUCCCAAUGGUACUUUUAUGGAUCUUUAUAUUCACAUGUAUAUAAAAUAGUUUGCAUAUACAAAAUAUAAUAUAAUCAAUUUGAAUUAUUCUCAGAUGGGGAAGGCUGUGAAACAUAACUUAUGAAAAUGUUGUACACAGAAAACACAGGCCUUGCUACAUAAGUGAAUUUGUCAUAUGCAUGAGAAAUGUCUUAUUUGGUGGCUAUGGAUGAAAGGUUGCAAUUUGUUAGAUUGCCACUCUUAAUCGCUUAGCAUUAAAUACCACUUUGAUCAAUAUGUUUUACCUCUGUUUUAGUUUUGUUUUGUUACCCAAAAAUUUCCUCUUUGUGAAAAUAAUGUUAGAGUCAUAAGUGCCCCACCCAGCCCUUAAUUUCUCUCUUAGGAACAUUUAGCAUUCCUUGGAUGAAAUCCAAGUGAGCAUUGAUAUCUGGAUAAGUGCAUUGAUGUGAAACACAGAGCAAUGAAUAGCUAACUUGCAAGCCCCUGAUCAAAUUCCUGGUAGUGUGCCGAGUCACACAACUGGUGAACAGCUAGGAACGCAAUCAAGAGUAACUGUUUGCCUCUGUGAUUUAUACUAGUAUUUACAUGUGUGGAUAUUCACUUAGAUGUUAGAGUUUAUUUUGUAGUAAGGGUUGUGUGUGAGUGUAAAAAAAAACCCUGAGAGAUAAUUGCAGCCUGGCUCAACUUUCAUGACAAGAAAACUCCGCAUAAAUAACACAAAUAGUGCUGACUACUAUCUUACAAUAGCAAUAUUUAAAUUGUAACACAAUUAACUGGGCCAUAUAUCAGCACCAUUCUGAAGGCAUUUUCUCCAUUUCUGGAGAAAAGGAGGGAAUGCCUCCUCUUUUGCACAUGAUUCUUUAAAAAUGGUGGGUUACAUCAAGACAUGUCCUUAGCCCAGGGUUGCAUGAAACAUAGCCCUUUACAUAUUGUUGGACUGGAAUUCUCGUCAACAGCCAACAUAGCUAGAAGCAAUGGAUGGGGUAGUCCAACAAUAUUUGGAGAGCCACAAGUUGCCCACCCCUACUUUAUACAAAUGGGAGGAAUCCUUCCAGUCCAUGAAAGGGCUUCUGCUCCAAUGGAAGCCGCUGCGGGAUGGAAGGCAGCAUAGUUUGCCUUGCAGCUCCCACUACCUUCUGCACAGUCUUCUAGAACAGCUCAGGGAUAAAGGGCACCCCUUUGCUUAUAGCUACCUAAGACUGUGUCCUCUUUUUUCUCAGUACAGCCGAAGUCAUGAUUACUGAGAUGAUUUUUAUUUGAACCUGUUUUAAAACUUACUUUGUAAACUGCCUUGGGUUCCACAAAAGAGAAUGAUAGGAUAGAAAUGAAAUAGGAGACGGCUCUAUUUAUUUUGCAUAACCCUUGGUAGUGGGAGAAUGGACAUAUCCUUGUACCAAAGCAUAGGGAAACUUGUUCCGCUCUUCCACAGCACUUGAGAUUUCAGCAGCCAUUGUCUGGGUCCCAUAAAAUAAUUGGAAUUGCAUAAGGGUGAGCGAGUUCUUUUAAAGAAUUCUAAUGGAGAGACUGUCCGAAAAUUGAGUUUUGUACCAAUUAGCACAUUCUCCUGUGAAGGUUUGGCACGUUUGCAGCCCAGAUGGUAGGCCAGUAUGAUCCCUCUGUCAAACAGUACAAUGAAGAUGACAGAAUACGGUUUCCCUAAGGUUAUGUGAUGCAUUUGUGGAAGAGGUGACAUUUCAGUGAGGCACGUUUUGGCUCGUAUAUAUAGCACUGUUAAGCAGUAGGCUUAACAUUUUCAGGAUGCGGUGAGAGUUGCCAAGUAAAGGUGCAUGUAUAUUCAAAUAAACAGCAAUAUUCUCUUUGUUUUUACAAAAGCCAACAUUGCUGACAUUGAUGUGUUUACAGUGGGUGCCUUGUGGAGGCUAUGCUUAUGGACCUUGUUCAGCUGUUCAUUUUU